GCACUGAUGUGAGAGAAGGCUUCACCUCGACUCUGCUGUUUUCGUGGGACGUUGUCGCUUUAAGGAAAUGCACUUGCAGCCAUUUUCUAUUCUUUGUGUUUAGCGGAUUAGCGGACAGGCGUUAUUCGCGAGCUGAGCAUCCCUUUGAGGCGAGAGGCAGAGAAACCGUUUGGAAACACUAGUUUAUAACCGUGCGGUGCGACCCUGUCCGUCGGUAGCACGCCUAACGGACAUGCAAGUUGCAGACUUAGCUGUGGUGUGAGUGAACCCGUAUCGCCAUGACGACCCACGUGACCCUCGAGGAUGCGCUGUCCAACGUGGACCUGCUGGAGGAGCUGCCCCUCCCAGACCAGCAGCCCUGCAUCGAACCGCCCCCCUCCUCCAUUAUGUACCAGGCCAACUUUGACACCAACUUUGAGGACAGGAACGCCUUCGUCACAGGAAUCGCCCGCUACAUCGAGCAGGCGACUGUCCACUCCAGCAUGAAUGAGAUGCUGGAGGAGGGGCAUGAGUAUGCCGUUAUGCUCUACACCUGGAGGAGCUGCUCUCGAGCGAUCCCUCAGGUGAAGUGCAACGAGCAGCCCAACCGGGUGGAGAUCUAUGAGAAGACCGUGGAGGUGCUGGAGCCCGAGGUGACCAAGCUGAUGAAGUUCAUGUACUUCCAGCGGAAGGCCAUCGAGCGCUUCUGCAGCGAGGUCAAGCGGCUGUGUCACGCGGAGCGGAGGAAGGACUUCGUGUCGGAGGCGUACCUGCUGACCCUGGGGAAGUUCAUCAACAUGUUCGCCGUGCUGGACGAGCUCAAGAACAUGAAGUGCAGCGUGAAGAACGACCACUCCGCCUACAAGCGGGCGGCCCAGUUCCUCAGGAAGAUGGCCGACCCGCAGUCUAUCCAGGAGUCCCAAAACCUCUCCAUGUUCCUGGCCAAUCACAACAGGAUCACUCAGUGUCUGCACCAACAGCUGGAGGUGAUUCCAGGUUAUGAGGAACUUCUGGCUGAUAUUGUUAACAUCAGCGUGGACUACUAUGAGAACAAGAUGUACCUGACCCCCAGCGAGAAGCACAUGCUGCUCAAGGUGAUGGGAUUUGGGCUGUACCUGAUGGAUGGUAACGUCAGCAACAUCUACAAGCUCGACGCCAAGAAGAGGAUAAACCUGGGGAAGAUCGAUAAGUUCUUUAAGCUCCAGGUGGUGCCCCUGUUUGGGGACAUGCAGAUCGAGCUUUCCCGCUACAUAGAGACCAGCACCCACUACGAGGAGAACAAGUCCAAGUGGACCUGCACGCAGAGCAGCAUCAGCCCGCAGUAUAACCUGUGUGAGCAGAUGGUGCAGAUCCGGGAGGACCACAUCCGCUUCAUCUCAGAGCUGGCUCGCUAUAGCAACAGCGAGGUGGUGACGGGCUCCGGCCUGGACAGCCAGAAGUCUGACGAGGAGUACAGGGAGCUGUUCGACCUGGCGCUGCGCGGCCUGCAGCUGCUCUCCAAGUGGAGCACGCACGUCAUGGAGGUGUACUCGUGGAAGCUGGUGCACCCCACAGAUAAGUUCUGUAAUAAGGACUGUCCCGGGACGGCGGAGGAGUACGAGCGCGCCACGCGCUACAACUACACGAGCGAGGAGAAGUUUGCGCUGGUGGAGGUGAUGGCCAUGAUCAAAGGGCUGCAGGUGCUGAUGGGACGCAUGGAGAGCGUCUUCAACCAGGCCAUCCGCAACACCAUCUACGCCGCGCUGCAGGACUUCGCCCAGAUGACCCUGCGUGAGCCUCUGAGGCAGGCCGUGCGCAAGAAGAAGAACGUGCUCAUCAGCGUCCUGCAGGCCAUCCGAAAGACCAUCUGUGACUGGGAGGGGGCGCGGGAGCCCCCCAACGACCCCUGCCUGAGAGGGGAGAAGGACCCCAAGGGCGGGUUCGACAUCAAAGUGCCCCGUCGAGCCGUGGGGCCGUCCAGCACACAGCUGUACAUGGUGCGCACCAUGCUGGAGUCGCUGAUCGCCGAUAAGAGCGGGUCCAAAAAGACGCUGCGCAGCAGCCUGGACGGGCCCAUCGUGCUGGCCAUCGAGGACUUCCACAAGCAGUCCUUCUUCUUCACCCACCUGCUCAACUUCAGCGAGGCCCUGCAGCAGUGCUGUGACCUCUCCCAGCUCUGGUUCCGCGAGUUCUUCCUGGAGCUGACCAUGGGCCGCAGGAUCCAGUUCCCCAUCGAGAUGUCCAUGCCCUGGAUCCUCACCGACCACAUCCUGGAGACCAAGGAGCCCUCCAUGAUGGAGUACGUGUUGUACCCGCUGGAUCUGUACAACGACAGCGGCUACUACGCCCUGACCAAGUUCAAGAAGCAGUUUCUGUACGAUGAGAUUGAAGCAGAGGUGAAUCUGUGUUUUGACCAGUUUGUCUACAAGUUGGCGGAUCAGAUAUUUGCGUACUACAAGGCGAUGGCGGGCAGCGUCCUCCUGGACAAGCGCUUCCGGGCGGAGUGUAAGAACUACGGCGUGAUCAUCCCCUACCCCCCCUCGAACCGCUACGAGACGCUGCUGAAGCAGAGGCAUGUGCAGCUCCUGGGCCGCUCCAUCGACCUGAACCGCCUGAUCACCCAGAGGAUCUCCGCUGCCAUGUACAAGUCCCUGGACCAGGCCAUCAGCCGCUUCGAGAGCGAGGACCUCACCUCCAUAGUGGAGCUGGAGUGGUUGAUGGAGAUUAACCGUCUGACGCAUCGCUUGCUGUCGAAGCACAUGACCCUGGACAGCUUCGACGCCAUGUUCCGCGAGGCCAAUCACAACGUCUCCGCCCCUUACGGACGAAUCACGCUGCACGUCUUCUGGGAGCUCAACUUCGACUUCCUGCCCAACUACUGCUACAACGGCUCCACCAACCGGUUCGUUAGGACAGCCAUUCCCUUUACCCAGGAGCCUCAGCGGGACAAGCCGGCCAACGUGCAGCCGUACUACCUGUACGGGUCAAAGCCCCUGAACAUCGCCUACUCACACAUCUACAGCUCCUACCGGAACUUUGUGGGACCACCCCACUUCAAGACCAUCUGCCGUCUCCUGGGUUACCAGGGCAUCGCCGUGGUGAUGGAGGAGCUGCUGAAGAUAGUCAAGAGCCUGCUGCAGGGCACUAUACUGCAGUACGUGAAGACGCUCAUAGAGGUGAUGCCCAAGAUCUGCAGACGCACUGCCAGUACGGAUCACCCGUGAGUACCGCGGAUUGCCGUGAGGGACGCAGGCAUCCUGGAGUUCUUCCACCACCAGCUGAAGGACAUCAUCGAGUACGCCGAGCUGAAGACCGAUGUGUUCCAGAGUCUGAGGGAGGUGGGGAACGCCGUGCUGUUCUGCCUGCUGAUCGAGCAGGCCUUGUCCCAGGAGGAAGUGUGUGACUUGCUGCACGCCGCCCCCUUCCAGAACAUUCUGCCCCGCGUGUACAUCAAAGAGGGGGAGCGUCUGGAGGUGAGGAUGAAGAGGCUUGAGGCGAAGUACGCCCCGCUUCACCUGGUGCCCCUGAUCGAGAGGCUGGGGACCCCACAGCAAAUCGCGAUCGCGCGGGAGGGGGACCUGCUGACGAAGGAGCGGCUGUGCUGCGGCCUGUCCAUGUUCGAGGUCAUCCUGACGCGCAUACGCAGCUACCUGCAGGACGCCGUGUGGCGCGGGCCGCCGCCCACCAACGGCGUGAUGCACGUGGACGAGUGCAUGGAGUUCCACCGGCUGUGGAGCGCCAUGCAGUUUGUGUACUGCAUCCCCGUGGGCACCCACGAGUUCACUGCAGAGCAGUGUUUCGGAGACGGGCUGAACUGGGCCGGCUGCUCCAUCAUCGUCCUGCUGGGCCAGCAGCGCCGCUUCGACCUGUUCGACUUCUGCUACCACCUGCUCAAGGUGCAGAGGCAGGACGGCAAGGACGAGAUCAUCAAGAACGUGCCCCUGAAGAAGAUGGCCGACCGCAUCAGGAAGUACCAGAUCCUGAACAAUGAGAUCUUCGCCAUCCUUAAUAAGUACAUGAAGGCAGUGGAGACGGACAGUUCCACCGUAGAGCACGUCCGCUGCUUCCAACCUCCUAUACACCAAUCCCUGGCCACUACCUGCUGAGAAAAACCCUCCCCCCCGAAAACCCACCAAUCCCUGGCCACUACCUGCUGAGAAAAACCCUCCCCCCCGAAAACCCACCAAUCCCUGGCCACUACCUGCUGAGAAAAACCCUCCCCCCUGAAAACCCACCAAUCCCUGGCCACUACCUGCUGAGAAACCCCCCUUCCCCCAUGUCCCAGGUCCCUAGGCUCAUCACUGUAGCCCCGCCCACAACCUCUCUGCUCUGUAUGUCCAUUAGAGCAGAACUCAUUACCUGGUUGGUUCUGAGAGUAAAUGUAGUUUUAGCCCCGCCCGCCUCGUGCAGAUCCAUGCUCCUCGGUCCUUACACAGGUACGCAGAAUAAGGGCGGGGCUCCACCACAGCUAACCCCGGCAACCGCGUGAACAGGAACAUCCCGCCCCUCCUCAAGCGUGAGGAAGCGUCGCACAUUUCCUCACCUGUUAAAACAAAAGAACAAGGUAAUGUCUGCUUUGUGCAGCUCGAAACCAUCCUAAAAUAACAAAAAAGGACUUGAUGCUCUCAGAGAUUACCCUCAAUCAACAGCCUGGAUUUCACAGUAGCAUCCACAACCUAUAAUAUUAUCAAAUCAAUGAAUUUGGCAGAACGCAGAAUGAAUAUACGGCCUUGUUCAAUAUAACUGCAAAGAGUUCCACAGAGCAAUGCAUUAAUCAGUCAGUCUUUUUCUUUUUACCCAGCUUUAUUGUGUGUGUAGUUUCAGCUGAGGACAGGUUGCUUUGGGGUUAGAUUGAAUCAGGCCCCUGAGGGAAGGGAAUGAUUCACGUUUUCUCUUCAGCUGCUCAGAACUGCUUUGGUUUGUUUGGUUUUGUUGCGUUUCCAUGACGUUCCAUCUCACUGUGUGGACUACUGUAUCCCUCAGAACUGCUUUCUGUAAAUAUGUUUUAAUGUUCCAUUGUUUUAAUGCCACUCCUUUUAACUAUAAUCAAGCCCACUGCCUUUGCCUGCUUUACUUCCUGGAGAAGAAUCUCCACAAAUCCUCCAUUUUAUUUUACUGGCGGGUAUUGAAAGCUGACCCUUAUAGGCCAGAAUCAGUCCAGUGGCACUUUAAUCAGGCCCCCCACCAACACAAAGACCCCCCCCCCCCCCUUAACCCUCUAAGAAAGCUUUAAUGGGGGAAUAAACAUUCAGAAUGCGUGCCAGCUCCUCACAGAGGGACAAAACCGGACUCAUCCCUGAAAAAGAACUCAUCCAUGCGAGAUAGUCAACUGACAAACAGCCAGCCCGUGGGUGGAGAGAAUUCUGUUAAUUAGCUGAUUUUUUUUCUUUUUUUUUGUUGUUUUUAAUCGAGCGAAAGGACAAAAUAAACAGACGAGAGCAUUGAUUUUACAGUUACAGAUGAGGAUUCUGCCUCUUCUGUUUUGAAGGGGCAGUUCUCCUAAAAAUGAAAAUGAGGUAGGUUUUAAAUUACCUGGUAGUAUCUGUCCAUCCAGGUAGUUUAGCUGAAACGUGACAAGUUUUCUAGAAGCAGUAGCUCAGGUUCGUGAGUAACCGGGGGAUUAUAUUUGGAAAGAGACGUUGUUGAAUUUUUCAAAUGUUAAAUUUUGGCACUUUGAAGCCACACAAAAAUGUACCCGUGAGGUGCGUUUUAUCAGAUUGAGCUGCUGUGAAUGUCUAGAAAACAUUUCAGCUAAACUACCUGGAUGUUCAUGCGUUACCAUGGUUACCACGGGAAGAUUUGGUUUGAAGAGAAGCGAAGGACAGCCGCCUGUCACCUCCCCACCAGCCCACCCCCGUUGGGUCAGAGUAACGUCAGUACAACUCACAGAGGACCUGAGCUUCAGACGCUCCUGACUCGCCCUCAAACAGGCUCCUUUCAAAACGGAAAAUAAUGCAACGGUCAGGAUUCAAAAGAUGUUGAAACAGUAGGUUUCUGUCAUUGUGUGCGUCACAUGUUGUGUGAUUUUAUUUUAUUUUUUAAUCACUGUAUUGUACAGAGAACAGCCUCAGAUGGUGGUAUGGUAAUGUUGACGCACGUGACCCCUGACCCCUAUACCCUGUGGGGGGAGCGCAGUGUAAAUACCAGCUCCAUCAGAUCCACAUAUACAUAACCACUGAAGAGAGAGAUAUAUAUAUAUGAAAGAUGCCAGAGCAACAACUCUGGGUUUUUUUUGCUUUUAUUUAUUGUAACUUUUUCAUAGUUUUCUGGCUUCAGAAAUGAACAGGAGGAUUUUCCCCCAUUCACCACUGCUGUGUAUUUCAUUGACAAAGUGAGGUACUGAGUGUUGUAACGGUUUUGCUUUUAAAAAAAAUAAUAAUAUUGGUAAUUUAAUCUGUAUCUUCAUAAUUAUGUUGGUUCUACUUUUGACAAGAAAUGUCAUCUAUUUUUGCAAGUCAGAUUCUUAAUGCUGUUUGUCUGUUAAACAGUUUUAUAUUAUUUAGAUAUGCAAAACACAGUGGCAUCAUUACACCUUUCUCGACAAACCCCAUCAGAGAAAGAUGUGUGGAAUUUUAUCCAGACACGAUUGGUUGAAAUAUGUGUCUCAAGCAAAUGCCCUGAAUAGAACCAGUAGUGUAACCCGAUUGGAUAAAACGUAAAAAUGGGGAGGAGUUGAGUUGUUGUCUUUGAAAAUUACAGACCAAUCCGAUUCCCCUCUUACUAACAGAGCACUCUGGGAAUCUGAGUAAAAUCGUUGGUUGCUUUUUCGCCCCUUACUCCAACAGCUGGGUAGUCUGGAAACAAGUCAGUAUUUGCAGUUAUUGGCUCUUUACUUUCAGUGUUACCAAAUCAUGCAUUUAAUAUAUUUAUAUCUAUUUUCCAUUUUAUAUUUGACUGAAACAACAUUUUUAGUAAAACAAAAAGUCUUAAAACAAAAAUGCAUGGCAGCUUCUGUUAUAAAGUUUUUAUUUGAAUAUGUGUCCUUAGGCCUAAUUUAGCAUUUUCUUUCAAGUUUUUGUUUUAAGGAAUUUUGAUUGCUUUUGCGUUUUUAAAUAGUGCUUUCCACUGUUCCUUAAUUGAUAUUUAUUAAUAUAAUUAUACUUUAUUUUUCCUUUAAGGGGUGAACAUUUAAAUUGAAAAAAAAAAACAAAAAAACAAUGAAGCAUCAUUUUAAAAUCUUAGCAUGGCAGGUGUACUUUAUUGUGGUCAUGGCCCUGUUUGUGAGGUUUUGUUCAUAUUGUUGUUACGAGUGAUCAUGUUCUGGAAUAUAAAAGAUGAAAAUAAACUACACAACAAACAGUCCAUCAGAGGAACUGAAACAAUGUUGUAUUUCCAUGAAAUAAAAAAAAUUCUAACUGAAA